AACCAAAAUUUUCAUAUUUCAAAAAUGGUCAAAACUUAUACUACCGUGUUUCAAUGGGUUAUAAUCUAAUUUUCGUCCAAAAAAAUAAAAUAAAAAUUGGCAUUUGAGGUUUUUACCUUCCACUUAUGCGUGCAUGAUGGAGGAGCAAAGCUGACGUGUCUGCCGCGGUCAAGUCGUCAAACACUUAUUCCGGGAUUGAAAUCCAUACGCAAAGGGAUGCUGCAUUCUGUCUCGGUCUCAGAUACUGCUUUCUGGGGUGGGUCUCGGCCUCCGCGAAACCGACAUCGGCGAUCAUAAAUGGCGGGAAUAGUGGUGAUAUUUGACUUCGACCGGACGAUUAUCGACGGCGACAGCGAUAAAUGGGUGGUCACAGAGAUGGGUCUCACCCAGCUGUUCAGCGACCUUCGCUCUACUGUGCCUUGGAACUCACUCAUGGAUAGAAUGAUGAUGGAGCUCCACUCCCAAGGGAAAACAUCCUCAGACAUUGCUGGGUGCUUGAAAAGGGCUUUUAUACAUCCACAAAUCAUUUCAGCUAUUAAAGCAGCCCAUGCGUUUGGAUGUGACCUCAGGAUAAUUAGUGAUGCAAAUCAGUUUUUUAUUGAGACGAUCUUGGAACAGCAUGGUGUUUUGGGAUGCUUCUCACAUAUCUGCACAAACCCAAGCUUUGUAGAUGGACGAGGGAGGAUUAGGAUCUUGCCUUAUCAUGAUUUGAGUUUGCCUUCUCACGGCUGCAAUUUAUGCCCUUCAAAUUUGUGCAAGGGUCUGGUGAUUGACCAAAUCCAAGCUUGUGCUUCUGAAAGUGGGACUGGGAGAAGAAUUAUCUACCUGGGAGAUGGGAAUGGUGAUUUCUGCCCAACUCUGAGGCUUGAAAAGGGAGACUAUAUCAUGCCAAGGAAGAAUUUCCCUCUAUGGAAUCGCAUUCACGGCAACCGAAGACUUAUCAAGGCUGAAAUCCAUGAAUGGAGCAAUGGUGAGGAGCUUGAGAAGGUUCUUCAUCACCUCAUUAACACAAUAUCUACUGAAGAAGUCAGUUGCAGCAGCUCCGGUCAGCUUCAGACGGGGUCCCAAGAAGCAGCACCUCAAUCUCUCCUUGUUCCCUACUAAGCACUUGCAAAGCCAUUACCAAAAAGGAAAAAAAAAAAAAAAAAAAAAAAGGCACUGGCAAAGCAAACCAAUAAAAACAAUCCCGUGAUUUAGGAUUUGAUUAUGAAAUAUGAAUCAUCACAACUAGUAUGAAUUGAACUAGUUUUUAUUUCUACAUUGUUUUAGUGAGUUUGGAUACAUUUUUCUAGGAAGACUAACAUGAUGCUAUCCGGAUUAUAAAUAUAUAUAUAUAUAUAUAUACACGAAUAGAUUUUCUGA